GAGGAGGCGGAGAGCCUUCCUUCCUUUCCUCCCUUUCUUCCUCCUUCCUUGACUGGCGGCGGUUUUGAUUAGCUGAGCCCUCCUCCUCCUCCUCCUCCUUUCCCCCUCCCUCCCUCUCUUCUCGCCUUCCCCAGUGUGCGCGUUGCGUUGUGUGUUCGUUCCAGUGUCAGCGCCGGGAGGUGGGCAGCAGCAGCAGCAGAGCAGCAGCAGGAGCAAGGCGCAUGCUCUGGGUCUCUCUCUCUUUCCUCGCCUCCAGCGUUUCAGCAGACAAGGAGGAAGGGGAGAAGGCGACGGAGGGGAGGGGAGGGGAAGGGGGAAAGGAAAGAAGCAGCAGCCAAGCCGCCGAGGGAGCCAGCCAGCCAGCCAGCCCGGGAGCAUGUCCGCCGCCAACGCCAGCGCCGCCGCCAUGGGCUCGCCUCUCCCGGCCGCCCUCGCCGCCUCCUCCUGAACCGGAGCCGAAGGGGAGGCGGCGGGGAAGGAGAGAGGGACAGCGGGGACCCCACCAGGCAUGGCCAGUUCGUGUGCUGUUCAGGUGAAACUGGAGCUUGGGCACCGAGCCCAGGUGAGGAAGAAACCCACAGUGGAGGGUUUUACUCACGAUUGGAUGGUGUUCGUUCGAGGACCGGAGCAUAGCAACAUUCAGCACUUUGUGGAGAAAGUCGUCUUUCACUUGCAUGACAGCUUCCCGAGGCCAAAAAGAGUGUGCAAAGACCCACCAUACAAAGUGGAGGAAUCUGGAUAUGCUGGUUUCAUAUUGCCAAUAGAGGUUUAUUUCAAGAACAAGGAAGAACCGAAGAAAGUCCGCUUUGAUUAUGAUCUGUUCCUGCAUCUGGAAGGCCACCCACCAGUAAACCAUCUUCGCUGUGAAAAGCUAACUUUCAAUAACCCAACGGAAGAGUUCAGAAGAAAGUUGCUGAAAGCAGGAGGAAUCAUGGUAAUGUCAGAUGGAACAUCAGCUGCUUCAGGGCAGAGUCUUCACCUCCCCAACCUUCCCAGUAAUUCCCUGUCUUUUUCUGAAGUGAAGAAGAAAUCAUCUCAUGGGCCAAAGGACCCGAGUAAAAGUGUAAGCACUAGCAGCAGCAACAGUAGUAACAGUUUUUCAAAACCCCAUAAAUUAACAAAGGAGCACAAGGAAAAACCGCCUAAAGACUCUAAAGAACAUAAAAGUGCCUUCAAAGAACCUUCCAGGGAACAUAUAAAAUCUUCCAAAGAAUCCUCUAAGAAACCCAAAGAAAACAAACCGCUGAAGGAUGAAAAAAUUGUUCCUAAAAUGGCCUUCAAGGAACCCAAACCUAUGUCAAAAGAGCCAAAAUCUGAAAAUAACAUACUUACCAUCGCUGGUGGACAGCAACAAGACAAGAAGGCCCCUACAAAAAGGCCUCCUGGCAUGGAUUCUGAGGAUCUCACAGCCAAAAAGAAGAAGAAAAGUGGCUCAGAGGCUUUAUUUAAAAGUUUUUCUCAUGCUCCCCCACUUAUACUUACUUGUUCCACUGCUGACAAAAAACAGACAAAGGAUAAAUCUCAGUUUAAGAUUGGGAAAGUCAAAAUGGAAAGUGAGGCACUGGAGAAGAAGAAAAACACGUUACCGCCUUUUGAUGAUAUUGUGGACCCUAACGAUUCUGACAUGGAGGAGAACAUGUCCUCGAAAUCUGAUUCUGAGCAACCUAGUCCUGCCAGUUCAAGCUCGAGUUCCAGCUCCAGUUUUACACCAUCUCAGAACAACAGACAACAAGGUCCUUUGAGGUCUAUAAUGAAAGAUCUGCAUUAUUCUGAUGAUAAUGAAGAUGAAUCUGAUGAAGCAGAUGAGAAUGACAAUGACUCUGAGAUGGAGAGACCUUUAAAUACUCAUGGAGGAAGCAGGGGUCGCAGGGUUAGUUUAAGUGAUGGAAGCGACAGUGACAGCAGUUCAGCAUCAUCGCCACGACGCCAUGAACCUCCGCCUUUAUUAAAAACCAAUAACAACCAGAUUCUAGAAGUGAAGAGUCCUAUAAAACAGAAUAAAUCUGAUAAACAGAUUAAGAAUGGGGAUUGUGAUAAGGCUUAUCUUGACGAACUAGUUGAGCUCCACAGAAGGUUAAUGACAUUAAGGGAAAGACAUGUGUUGCAACAGAUUGUAAACCUUAUAGAAGAAACGGGACAUUUUCACAUCACAAACACAACGUUUGACUUUGACCUUUGCUCACUGGACAAAACUACAGUUAGAAAAUUACAGAGUUACCUGGAAACAUCUGGAGCAUCCUGAGGACAUCAUUCCCGACUGCAUCAAUAACUGUGCCCUCUUUUUUGUAAAAAAAGAUAUAAAACAUUCAGAAUGAUGCAGCCAGACUGGUGCAAAAAAAAAAAAACCUAGAACCCAACAACAACCAACUCUCUUCAGCUUUAUUUUUAGUUAAAGCCAGUUGUCAUCUCUUGAUAAAGGAGAAGUAAAGUGACAAGCCUCAGAGGAUUUGCUCUUUUCACCAAGGAAACGCUCUGGAAGAGUUAGCCUGGAUAGCCUUGAAAAAAAAAACACUUAAUGAAUGUGUAUGGUAUCAUGUAUCUCCCUCUGUGGUCUUCUAGGCCGCAAGGUGAAUGCAUGUUCAACACACUGCCUUAUUACAUAACUGAUCUAUUUAUUAUUGCAUAUUCAUAAUCUAAAGUCCUUGAGGGAAUGACACUACCAGAUGUUACGAGUUCUUGUGUCCCGCAUACGCUCCUUUGAUGCAACGCCACCAUCGUCGCAACCCUUCCAACCUUUGCUCUUGUUUCAAUGCCACUUUUUUCUGACCUCUUUCUCAUCUGUUUUACAAUCCUAUAAUUUUGUUCCCAUUUCUGCAGUUCUCCCGAUGGGAUACCCUGUUGGGGAGGGGUACAAAGUGUGUGUGUGCACCCACAUGCGUGUACGCAUACACAGAAGCACACUCUCUGCUGCAGCAGCAGAAUGGCCACCCAGACUGUAAUUGUGUAUUGAUCUUGAACCAUGGUAGGAAAUUCACCAGAUAGGAUCAUGACUUGCUUUCUAGCCUUAGUCAAUAAACCAGUAGAACUUUUAUUAACGAAGAAAGUGUUACUGUAUACUGUUGUGAAUCCGGAAUUGUUUUUGCCAUCGACUUUUCUUGCGUAUGUUUUAAUGUUAUAUUAGAUAUCUAUAAAAGUGAAAGCACUCUAGAAGUUUGCCAUAAAGAGAGAGAGAGAGAUUGAGAAACAUUUGUCCCGUUCUCUAUGAACAUAUUGUAGAAAAUACUUAAUUUGGAGCUAUUUAUUACUAGGAGUUCCAGCACUCGUCUGCCCAGAUGUGCAGUUCAGUUUUUUUGUUGUUAUAAAAAUAUAGAAUUGGUUCUUUGCUCAUGCAGUUUAUGGUCUGUUUAGAUCCUGGUUACAGCACUGUUUCUGUCAAAAUAAACCCUUUUUUUGUUUAAGCAGUUUAAACAUGUUGAGAAAUUGUUUCUAAAUUUCAGUACCUGUUCAAUGCUCAGUGUAGGACUCUCAAUACAGCUAAUGAAAUUAGUGGGUUAGGCACAUUAAAUUGAUUAAUGCAAUUUCAUUAGUAUGCAUUAGUUUUUCAGUAAUCCUGAAAAAAAAGUCUACUUUGUUCAUUUUUAGAUGAUUUACAUAGCUAUCAUAGUAGCUGCCAUUUUGAAACACCUAUAUCAGUGGUUCCCAACAUGUGGGUCCCCAGAUGUUUUGGCCUUCAACUCCCAGAAAUCCUAACAGCUGGGAAACUGGCUGGGAUUUCUAGGAGUUGUAGACCAUAACACCUGGGUACCCACAGGUUGAGAACCACUGACCUAGAUUCUCCUGUACUGGAGAAGGGUUUCCAUAUUUUUAAGAUGGCAUCUGUUCCUGGAGUAUUUACUUAGGGACUUCUGUUACAAAAUAAUUUCUUUUAAUAGUCUGCACAAGACAGGUCUCCAAAUCUUGUGUUGUAUGUACAACUGUAGAUCUGUUUUUCUAAAUGAUUCAACUAAAACAGCAUUGCCCUACUUUUCAAAAGAAUUUCUUUUCCACUAAAACAAAAAUUAUUUUAGAAAACCUUUGCUGAAAAGAAGAGGAGAAAAGACAAAAAAAAUCAUUCAAAAGCUAUUAAAAUCCAAAUUUCAGUUUUUACCCUCAUGAAAGGUUUGGCUUUAGAAAUACUUCUGAGUUUGAAAAUUGGCCAGCCUCAGGAAAGGUUUGUGUUUGAGAGGCCAUCGUACUUCCAAUCUCUGCUUGCCUGCAGAUGACAUCCGUUGACUGUGUCAUUCCCGUUUUGCAGAAGUAUUGUGUUGUUCCACAUACAUGGUUCAGUGCAGUACGUACAGCUAGGUUCCUAGUAGGGAUACUUUUUCAUAAUCCAAUGGGAUUUCUUAACACUGUUUCUUUAAGUCCAAAGAAAUUAUUUCCUUUUUUUUUGUAUGUGUGUGAGUGUGUGUUUCUGUUUCUUUCUUUCUUUUUUUAAAUUAAAAUGUUGUUUGACCAUAAUCUAUGGAAAGUCUUUCUCAGGCUUCCAAAAGAACAAGUGUACUUUUCUUCAGUAAUGUUAUGACUCUUAUUGAUGAUUGGCAUGAAACAUACUUGAAGCGUUAUGUUCUUUUUAAAGUCCACAUGUUGAUUAAUGUGCAAUUGUCGGGGGUGAGAGGUUUUUGAAAUCUCUUGACAUCAGACAUAUGAUGUGAUGUUGGAGUAUGGAGGGGGGUGUUUGAGUGGGGUUUUUUUACAUUUUUGUUAGCAUUUUUAUAUGAAACGUUUGAAAAAUGUAAAGGCUAACUUUCACUUUUUAAAAUAGCACACGUGCGAUAUGUUUCAUUUCAAGUUGACCACAAAACGUGUGCUGGGACGGGGGGUCCGUUUUGACUUUUCUAGCUAAAUUUUGUGGCAAAACUCUUAAGAGGUUGGAAGGAACACAGACUGGCAUAACUUUGAAUAUGUAUUGGGCAGGUCACUGUUUUAAUUUUAUUUUUUGUUUUUGAAAACCAGGCAGAAUAUGUCCUUUGAGCCACAAGGAAUAGUAACUGAUGUACAGAAUUUGUGGGGGUGGAGGGUUUAACUAUGUAAAGGGAAUAUAACUGCAAUUACAGUAGACUCUUAACUCUGACUUGCAUGUAGUUUCAUCAGUCAUCCUUAUAAAAUGUUAGUUCUCUAGUUUGGUGAGAAUGAGGAUGGAAUAAACACAUUUCAGCUGCAUUUGUGUGUUGAAAGUGAAGAGUGUUUUCCACAAAAUUCUGGUAGAAUAAGAGCUGGUAAGUGGUGUCCUUUAAAAAAUACUUUAGUUAUUUUGUAUGCUGAAACAAAAUAAAUCCUUUUUUCCAAUUAA